GCGCGCGCUCCCGUGUCAUCUGAGGCGAGUCGAGAUCUGCACCUUCUCAUACACUGAAGCUCCUCCUCUUUUAAUGAAGCCCCUCCUCCUUCAGUUCAGCUAUAAAUACUGGAGUAUUCCCAUCAGUCUACAAGUGAAGACGAGCAUCAGAGCAUCAGGAAGAAGUGAAAUCUGAAAGACAGUGAGAAGAUGAGUGAUCCAGAUCCCUGCAGAAUAAAAGAGGAAGAGGCUGAAGAACACAUAGACCUGAUAAUGGAGAACGAGGAGAAACUUCAUCAUGUCAAGAAAUGUUUGACCUGCACUGAGUGUGGAAAGACAUUUGCAUCCAAGCGGAAUCUCAAGGUUCAUACGAGGAUCCACACUGGAGAGAAACCAUUCGCAUGCACUGAGUGUGGGAAGAGUUUCAGACAGUCAUCAUCCCUUAAUCAACACAUGCUGAUCCACACUGGAGAGAAAACACAGAGGUGUGAACAAUGCGGCAAAACAUUUUUGAGGACUUCAGAGCUGAAGAACCAUCUUAGCGUUCAUACAAACGAGAAGCCGUAUUCGUGUACUGUGUGUGGAAAGAGCUUUAUACAUCAAAACCUUUUAAGAAAACAUCAGAAGAUCCACACCGGCGUGAGAGAGUUCGUGUGCUUUGAGUGUGAGAAGACUUUUGUUAGAAUUGCAGACUUGAAACAGCACCAGAGGAUUCACACUGGAGAGAAACCGUACAAGUGUUCACACUGCGACCAGAGAUUCGUUCAGUUGGGACAUCUGAAAGCGCAUGAGAGAAUUCACACUGGAGAGAAACCGUACAAGUGUUCGCACUGCGACAACAGAUUCGUUCAGUCAGGAGAUCUGAAAAGACAUGAGAUGAUCCACACCGGAGAGAAACCGUUCAAGUGUUCACACUGCGACAACAGAUUCAUUCAGUCCGCAGAUCUGAAAAGACACAAGAGGAUUCACACCGGAGAGAAACCGUACAAGUGUUCACACUGCGACAAGAGAUUUCGUCAGUUAGGAAACCUGAAAAAACACCAUAGGACUCACUCUUGAGAGAAAUCAGACUUGGUUGGCAUUACUGAAAACACCCACAUUAAUGUCAAAUCUGUGUAUGUCGUGGGAGAAAACAAUCUGUCAGAGUGAAUGUGCAUAUAGACUUUGUUACGCGCUUGGUCUUGAUUCUUUGCAAUUAUUAUUACAGAUUUUUAGGGGUGUGAAAAUUGUUUCUUCGGUGCACCGCAAUGCAACCGUGGACAAUUCGGUAUUGGUUCAAUAAUAAUCAUAAACGGUUAUUAUGUACUGACGUCAUGUAUCUCAUAUGCGCUCUGUCGCGAGGGAGGCGAGCGCGGGUAUUUACAACACUUCAGGUGCCAACUACUUAAAAAUGUGACUGUGUGUGUGUUUUCUGUACAGUCUUUCACUGGCACUUACAGCAGAAGCCCCUAUUUCUCUGCGAUUGAGGGAAUGAGAGUACUCCAUCUCUCUCUCUCCCUCUCUCUCUCACUGUGGCUCAUUUCACCUGCUGGCGUGACUUUUCCUCCCCUCUCUUUUCCUCUCGGCUGUAUGCAUUGUCGCGGGACCCGACCAGAUUUCAUGCGGUGCGGGAAUAAAUUUCCGAAUAAAGCGCAGAAGCAGUCGGUAACUCUGGUGUUAUAUUAACAGGAGUGGGCGGUCUCACAAUAUCGCUCCCGAGCAAGCAAGCGCGUGUGUGUGCGUGCGUGCGUGUUUGUGUAGCGCUGUCUAUGUUUGUGUAUGUGUGUGAAUGAGAGACAGUGUGGUGCUGUGUCGCAAUGUGUGUGUGUGUGUGUUUAUACAGACAGUUUGUUGUAGCCACCCCCUAAAAUACAUACAACACUGUGUAUGGAAAGCAACGUCAAUGCACCGUGAUGCUUCGUAAUAUCGAAUUGAACCGAAUCGAUGGCGUGAUAAUCGUAACCGAACCGUGAGACCAGUGUAGGUUCACACCUCUACAAAUUUUUGCUUGUUUAAUGCUAAAAGUUGAUGUGUGGCGUUUUGCGUUAAUCAAUUUAAAAAUUCCCCACAUAACUUUUAUAUACAAACAAAUAAACAUCGAGGCUGGUAGGAUGAACACUCACAGCGCUUUGCAUUGUAAACAUUUCAGCACUUCUAAGGAAGCCCUUUAUUUCUCCUUUUGUGGUGUAGUAUAUGGUAUAUGCUCACUGUGUGGAUAUGGAUGGUUUAAAAGCAGAGGACUAAUUUCGAAUAUAGGUAACCAUACUCGACAAUACUCACUUUACUUUAAAUUUGACAGUGCUUCGGCAGAUUAAGCAACCCACCUCUCUCAAUUAUAACGCAUUUUUAAAAUGGUUGAAAGAAAUGAGCCAGCACAGUCUCUAAGAGGCUCUGAUAGGUGAAAUGACAUGUAAAAUAAAGACAUUAUGUUGCAGUGUGCUGUAAUUGGGUUUUCUGGAAUGGUCCACAGAAGUUU